UAAUAACAUAUAAACUACCAUUGUGACGUAACAAUAACAUCAAUCAAGUUCCAUGGAUGGGUUGGAAAACAAAGAAAAGCUUAGGAAGACGCAUGUAUGUUUUGGUAACGAUCCCCGAGAGAGAAUUUCCUCCUACUGCCGGGAUUAUGGUCCAGAUAGCCGAUUCUCCGUACCACUCCCCCCGAUCAUGAGGCAUUCCGAAACAACAGUUGAGGUUCUGCCUGUCACGGAUUUCAGCACAGAAAGUAGAUUCCUUACAUCAAACAGUCAGCAAUUUUCCAUGUACAAUAAGAAUAUAUCGGAUACGAUACGCCAGCGCUGUCUGCGGGAUUUCGACAUCAAUAAGGCCUUACACGGGGGGAUGGGCGUGAUAAACUAUCAGGAGAAACUCACACCACUGACCAGGUCAAGACUGGACUACAGACUGGUCCAACAUGAGACUGGUCCAAAUAGCCAGAAUAUUAUCCGAAAAAUCAGAGAAAACUCUAGGCCAGUCAAACUGCAUGACUUUGAAUCUUCCAACGUUUCUGAGGCAAUGCAAGCUUUUCAGUGGCCGUUAGCUCACCAACUUCCACCAUGGAUACAGCGACGAAUCGUUGCCAAGUAAUUUGAUGAUAUUUUCUUUAAUGUUAAAAAUACAUAAUAUAAAAUUCACCUUUCUUUGUUUGCAAUAAAGAUUUGUUUUAUUCCUAA